UCAAUGAAAUCAGCAAACUCAGUCACAUUCUUGUGCUUAGUCCUGUUAGCUGUAGCAAAUGGAUCCUACGCUGGAGAAAUUGUUAUAUACUGGGGCCAGAAUGGCAACGAGGGGACGCUGAGCGAGGCUUGUGCGACAGGGAACUAUGAUUAUGUGAUCAUAGCCUUUUUGCUGACCUUUGGCAAGGGCCAAACUCCCAUGAUUAAUCUUGCUGGUCACUGUGAUCCGUACAGUGAUGGGUGCACUGGGUUAAGUUCAGACAUAAAAUCUUGUCAAGCCAAAGGCAUCAAAGUCUUGCUCUCUUUGAGAGGAGACACUGGAAGCCACUCAAUUGAUGCAAGUGAAGUAGCCACAUACCUUUGGAACAACUUCUUGGGGGGACAGUCAGCAUCUCGCCCUCUUGGCGCUGCUAUUCUUGAUGGUAUUGACUUUGACAUUGAAGGUGGAUCAAGCAAACACUGGGGUGAUCUUGCCAGGCUCCUUAAAGGGUAUUAUGGCAUGAUGGCCAAGCAAGGAAAGCAAGUGUACAUAACUGCAGCUCCUCAGUGCCCUUUCCCUGAUGCUUGGAUAGGAAAUGCUCUCACAACAGGUCUUUUUGACUAUGUUUGGAUCCAAUUCUACAACAACCCUCCUUGUCAAUAUACUACUGGGGCAAUUAGCAAUCUUGAAAAUGCAUGGAAGCAAUGGAUAACAAGUAUUCCUGCCGACAAAAUAUUCUUGGGGUUACCAGCUUCCUCACAGGCAGCAGGAACUGGGUUCAUUCCUUCUGCUGAUCUCAUAUCUCAAGUGCUUCCAGCCAUUAAGGGCUCUGCAAAAUAUGGAGGUGUUAUGCUGUGGUCCAGGUACUACGAUGUUCAGAGUGGUUAUAGUUCUUCUAUUAAGAGCUAUGUUUGA